AUAACCUUGAAGUGACCACUGUUUAUUAUGUGCAAUGUCGAAAACACUUGUACUUUUAUCACUGGUUAACAUCUAUAUAACAACGAUAUGUACAGCUAACAUUGCCAAUGUUCAGAAUGAUGAUAUAGCUUUGGAUAAAAUUUGGCAAGGCAGUGCCGAAUUUACAAGAAAUUUUUUAAAGUUGAAAACGCAUGAAAAUCCAGGACAAAGUUUUAUAGCAUCGCCAUUUUCUGUGUUGUUUCCUUUAGCAGAACUUACAUUAUAUGCCACUGGAACAGCGUACGAUCAACUUUCUAAUGUUUUGAAUAUAGAUAAUAGAAAUGAGAUACGACAGGGAUUCAGAAAUAUCUUGGAUAACUUUGGAUUGUCAAAAAAUGUUAGAAUUACUCUCGCUCAAAAAGUAUUCGGCAGUCUAGCAUUCGACUUUAUAGAUGACUUUAAAUAUGACACCAAAGUAUAUUUUGACGCAGAAGCACAAAAUUUAGAUUUCAAUCAAAACGAACAAGCGGCAGGAAUAAUUAAUGACUGGGUGAACACUAAAACAAGUGGAAAAAUACCGGAACUUGUUAAAGCCAAUAUGUUGAACAGUUUAACACAAAUGGUUUUAGUUAAUGCCAUUUAUUUCAAAGGUAAUUGGCAAACUCCAUUUGACCCGGAAGAUACUAAACCAGGAGACUUUUACGUGACUAAAGAUGAAAAAAUAACUGUUAACAUGAUGUUUAAAGAAGGUUCAUUCUAUUACGCGGAGAAUCCUGCGCUACAAAUGAAAGCAUUGGAACUAAAAUAUCAAGAUGAAGAUUACAGUCUUUUAAUUGUUUUGCCAACGUCUGAAGAUGAUUACAGUGUAGAAAGUUUAGUAGAUAAGAUUCAGGACCCUAAUAUUUUUAAUGGAAUAAUUAACGAUUUAGUAUUAGAUGGUGUUGAAGUCCAUUUACCGUCAAUAGAAACUACAACAACGACAGACCUUAAACAAAUUCUACAAGGAGUAAAUGUUACUGAAAUAUUUAAUCCUGAUACAACUGACAUAAGUGGUAUACUCGAAUAUCGACAACCACUAUACGUUACUGUAGCUGUCCAAAAAGCAGUUUUAGUUAUCAAUGAGUCAGGUACAGAGGUAUCCGUUGCGAAUGCUGUAAUAACCGAUCUCAGAAUGGGAUUUGUUGGGAAUACAGUUUUUAAUGCCAACCGUCCAUUUUUAUAUUUUGUUCUGUAUAAAAGAAACGUUAUGUUUUGUGGAACAUAUACUGGAAAAUAAAGUCGACGACGAGCACUAAGUUUACAAAAUUUGAACUUCUUUUAAAGAAGAU